AAAAAAAUACUUCGAAAUGGAUAUGUAUAAAUACUUUUGUUGAAGCAUUAAUGGGCAGAGUUCUGCAGUAGAGCGCAGUGCGAGCUUUCAUUGAAUUCAGCAGACAGCAGAUACUAGGAUACAACCUAAUAUCGUACAAUAGAUUUAUCCUUCUACUCUUUUUGUCAGUCAGAAAAAACCAACAUGACAAAUCAUACGAAAUUCAUCUCAAGUGUUUUGCUUCUCUUUCUUGUUAUAUCAUAUACACCAAACCCUACUUCUUCCCAGACGAUUGUCAAGGCUUUGCCAGGAUUUCCCGGGGAACUUCCCUUCAAACUUGAAACGGGAUAUGUUGAAGUGGGAGAGAGAGAAGAUGUGGUGUUAUUUUAUUAUUUUGUGGAAUCUGAACGGAAUCCGGCGACGGACCCUCUCUUGAUCUGGAUCGCCGGCGGGCCAGGUUGUUCUACUCUGCGUUCCUUCUUCUUUCAGAUCGGUCCGUUUACAAUAGAAUAUUCAGACACCAGCAAAGAAAUACCGGAUUUGCAUUUGAAUCCAUACUCUUGGACAAAGUUGGCUAAUGUCAUUUUCCUGGAUGCGCCUACAUCUGGAUUUUCCUAUGCAAAAUCUCCAGAGACUUACACAAAUAGUGAUACUUUAUCGGCAAAAUACACUUAUCAGUUUCUUCGCAAGUGGCUCGAGAAACAUCCCAAGUUUAUCAGCAAUCCUUUGUACGUCACUGGUAUAUCCUACUCAGGAAUAACUAUUCCGCUUAUUGUUCAAGAGACAUUUAACGGUAAUGAAGCUGGAAAUGAGCCGAGAAUUAAUAUUACAGGCUAUAUUAUUGGAAACCCACUAACAGAUAGGAACAUCGACUUCAACACCCGAAUUCCAUAUGCUCACCAGGUGGCGCUUCUAUCAGAUGAACUAUAUGAGUCAACUAAAGCGCAUUGCAAUGGUGAGUACGUGAACGUUCAUGCAAACAACAAAUUAUGUCAGAGUGAUCUCCAAAAAGUUGAUGAGUGCCUGGAGGACGUGUAUAUAUAUCAGAUAUUGGAACCAAUUUGCACUCCAGAGACCAGCACCAGGAGUUUGCUGCAAAAUAUUGGUAGCUCAACUAAGAAGUAUGAAGUCCCCCUCUCCCAGUCAGCCCAAUUGAAGGGCCAACAAUGGUGUCGGGAAAAUACAUAUCUGUACACUGACGUUUGGGCGAAUGUUCCAUCAGUACGAAAAGCACUGAAUAUCCGGGAGGGAACUAUUGGAGAGUGGGUUAGAUGCAAUGCUGAUCACUAUAUUAUUGGUAAAAAUGAUACUGUUAACUAUGCUUACGAUGUCUCUAGUACUCUUGCUAAUCAUCGAAACUUCACAAAAAAAAAUUGCCGAGCACUUAUAAUAAGUGGGGAUCACGACAUGGCCUUUUCACACUUAGGAACUAAGAAGUGGAUACACAGUCUAAAUUUAGAUGUUGAUAGUACCUGGGCACCAUGGUUUGUCAAGCAACAAGUAGCGGGAUACACCGAGUCAUUUUCACAUGAUAACUUUACCUUAACAUUUGCGACUGUUAAGGGUGGAGGUCAUGCAGCUCAAGAGUUCAAGCCUGAAGAAUGUCUAGCUAUGGUCAAUAGGUGGUUUGAUCAUAAACCCCUUUAUAGUGUCUAAUAUUAAGGCACCUUCUUGGGCACAAUUGAGCAUGGGGCUUAGAGUGCGUUAUUGCUUUAAUAUAUUUGCGAGCACUAUGUCUGUAAAUCUAGUUUGCAAAUAUAUACUCCGGCCAAAUUUCUUCAUAGCAGAAAGGUCGUGGCCAUAAAAUUUUCCAUUAGGCUUUUGAUUUCUAUUCC